AUGGAAUGCCUGCGGAGCCUGAGCCGGCUGCUGCCCAGCGUCGUGGGGCUGCCCCGGCGCACACUGUGUACUCUGGCCCAGAGUCUGACCCCUGGGGCGCGCCCCGUUGUCGUCUGCGGCCGCGCGACCCAACUCCUCAGGCAGAGCCGGGCCGCGCCCCUGUGCGCACCCCUUCGGCCCCGCGUGGCAGGUGAAAUGCACCGGUUUAGAACUUCCGAUGUCUCUCAAGCCACUUUGGCCAGUGUAGCCCCAGUGUUUACUGUGACAAAAUUUGACAAAGAAGGAAAUGUUACUUCUUUUGAAAAGAAGAAAACUGACUUAUAUCAAGAAUUAGGUCUUCAAGCCAGAGAUUUGAGGUUUCAGCAUGUGAUGAGCAUCACAACCAGAAACAAUAGGAUUAUCAUGAGAAUGGAGAAAUACCCUUUAUCUGAUACGUCGUUUGCAAAUAUCUUCUCCCAUUCUCUCAAUUAUCGUAAUUUAAAUUUGGAGCAAUGGCUUUUCCGGGAACUCCCUUCUCAGUUGGCUGGAGAAGGACAACUUGUCACAUACCCUUUACCUUUUGAGUUUAGGGCUAUAGAAGCACUCCUACAAUAUUGGAUCAGCACUCUUCAGGGGAAACUUAGCAUUUUGCAGCCACUGAUCCUUGAGACAUUGGAAGCUUUAGUGGAUCCCAAACAUUCUUCUGUAGACAGAAGCAAAUUGCACAUCUUACUACAAAAUGGCAAAAGUUUGUCGGAGUUAGAAACAGAUAUUAAAAUUUUCAAAGAAUCCAUGUUGGAGAUCUUGGAUGAAGAGGAGUUGUUGGAGGAGCUCUGUCUCACGAAGUGGAGUGACCCACAAGUCUUUGAAAAGAGCAGUGCUGGAAUCGACCAUGCAGAAGAGAUGGAGUUGCUUUUGGAAAACUACUACCGGUUAGCCGAGGAUCUCUCCAAUGCAACACGGGAACUCAGGGUAUUGAUCGAUGAUUCUCAAAGUAUCAUAUUCAUCAAUCUGGACAGCCACCGUAAUGUGAUGAUGAGGUUGAACCUACAGUUGACCAUGGGAACCUUCUCUCUUUCUCUCUUUGGACUAAUGGGAGUUGCUUUUGGAAUGAAUUUGGAAUCUUCCCUUGAAGAGGACCACAGAGUGUUUUGGCUGAUUACAGGAAUCAUGUUUAUGGGAAGCGGCCUCAUCUGGAGGCGUUUGCUGUCAUUCCUGGGACGACAACUAGAAGCUCCUCUACCUCCCGUGAUGGCCUCUUUACCCAAGAAGUCCCUUCAGGCGGACAGAAGGAUGGAAAUGAAGCACAGCUUCCGGCCAGACGGGCUCGGCUCAGGCAAGAGUGUCCUGACAAACCGUUAGAGACAUCAGCCCAGGAGAGACUGGGUUACUUUUUGUGGUAGUCACGGGAAGCUUCUGGUACUCUUUCAUUAUUUUCUUUUAUAGAGUCAGAGACUUGAAAAAAAUCACUAAAAUUACAGUGUCUGAUGAUAAAGAUACCAUGGCACUCCGUAAUGCUAGAACUUCUGCAUUUUCAAAAUUGAGGAAAGAAGCAAAGGAUAUGCUUUGUAAAAGGCCAAAAUUCUAUUUCCCACAACCUUAAAAUGCUGUUUUUUAUAGAUGUGAUGUGAGAAUAGAUUGUUGUGUAGAUUUUCUGAUUUACACGUGUCUCAGGCCAAGCAAAGCCUGAAAACUUGACAAGCCCACAGUGACGAGCUCGGGUAGCAGUAGUUCUUACUAAGGGGAUCAUGUUCUUGGGAGCUUCCUGACUCGCAGGUGACUGGAAAGGCAGGAAAAAAUACAUACUAACCUUAGAACAAACUCUGAAAGUUUGUGCUUUAAACCAAUCUUUAACAUACUCUAUUUUCUUGUCUUUUUUAUAUAAGGCAAAUAAAAAGGAAAUGAUUAACUAGAAUCCAUUUAAGCUGAUAUUAAAUCAAUAUUUUAUUCUCUUGACUCCUGAAACACUUUUUCUCUGCUUGGCUACAGUGGAAACCUUUGGAAGUAAUGUUGAAACUGUUUCCAUUUUGUUACUGUUUUUUAGGUCUGGAGUAGAGUAGAUGACUGAGUAGAUGGAGGUGUCCCCUCAGCCACUCCCAUCCCCAAAAAAGAAAGUGUAUGGAGCCCAGUUAAUCUGUAUGCCUACGCCUCAGAGCUUGACAGGGGGCUUCCUAAACCAGAAGAGUGGCCAGAGCUGCUCUGCUACUACAAACGUAAUAGUAGUAAAGCCCGUGCGCUGACAGUGUUGGGGUUAUCUGAUGCCGUAAUAGGAUGGCAAAGGAGGAAGUUUGGGAGUCCAUUCACCAAGUGGUUUGGUGAAGAGAAUAAAAAUGCUGUUCCAGUAGCAGAUUUGAGAGAAAACAGAGUUGCUAAGUAGUUUCCCUGCUCCCCUGUGUGGUUAGAAGAAGCCACUAGAAGCUGGCACAUACGAUGACCCAGGCUGGGUUGGUCUCAGCAUGGAGUGGCCCACUUGGCACCUCCCCGUGGGUCAGGGACACGCUUUGAGGUAUGGGUGUCAGAGUGAGGCUCUCUCUCUCUCUAGCAUCAUAGAUGUGUGUGAUGACUUUCAAAACAAAGUAUCUUUGAUAGUCUUCCGAUUCCAUGGGACACUGUCAUACCUCAGAGCACUGCUGCUGUUCUUGAUCUUAGGGAAUCACUGGACAUAGGUUAGAAAUAGGACUUCACUGUAACGGGAAAAACAAAGCCCAAGGGGCUUGACUCCAGUCAGGCACAGAAAUAGAAUUUUGGCCUUUUUCCUUCUGGUGUGACUUACUUAGUUUGUAGACUUGAAUAAAAAAAUUUUUUUUUUCAGGAGUCCUGUUUCCUCAAUCAAAGGGAAACGUAACUACCUCUUAAGUCUGAUGCAGAGAAGUGACGGGUGGUUUAUAAAGUUCUUGAAGGUGGUUAGAUCAAGGAGGAUUUCAAAAUGUCAACUCACUCUGCUUUGUGGAUAGCAGGAUGCUUCUUACCUAAGAAGUUAGGCGAUUUUAAACUUUGACUUAAAAAUGAUUGAGCACAAGUGUUUCGUUAUGUGAGUGAGCAAGCAGUCUCAUCCCCCGUUUAACAAGGUCAAGGCAUGAGAUUCUUAAUAGACUGUUUUUGGAAGGCCUCUAAGGAAAGGUGGCAGAAGAUAGCACAGACUGUGAGAAAUAACCACUAAAUAAAAAGCUGUUGGUCUCGUUAUUCCAGGAGUUGUACAUAGCUUUAUUUUUGGAGCUACAAUAUUUAAUACACUUUAAUCUCAGGAUUUACUUUCCCUACUUUAGUAAUACCUAUGGAGGUGGUCUGAGGGAUGGUACGUGGACAGGGCAUUCGGAGAUCUGAGCUCAUUGCCGGACUUACUCCAAAUCCCUUUAGGUCUGUUUCACAGGCAUGAAACCAUUUUGAUCUUAAAGCAAGUUUUGUAAUAGAAAAAUUGCAAAUACAUACAUGUGUUUUGAUAUCUUUGAAAUAAAGGUCAUGGAAUUAAGUGCAGAGUUGUGUUAAUGAGAAUAAAACCCUACAAGGUAUUUGUUGUUAACCAUUUCAGAACCUGUGUUUAGAACUAUAGCUAAUACUUAGCGUGAAAACAGCCCACCUACGGGGCUAACGCACAGACUGUACAGGCCGGCGUGUACGGCUCUGCCAUCCAGGGUGACCUUCAGGAGUAGGAAUACCACUUUGCACUUUUGAGUGUGGGAUUAUGCAGGUUAAGGAUUCUGGAUAAGAUCCUAUGUGAGAACCUGGUUCGGUCUGGUGUGUCUAGACACUGAGAGAAAUGUCCGUCCUUGGGUAGAAGAUGGUUGUGCGUCAGCACAGGCCCGCCCUCUCAGCUGAGGCAGCAGCCCCUUGCUCCAGCCAUGGCGGUGUGAGAGAACACAGACUUCUGAGGAAGAGGGCCAGCACUCACAGACCUCUCAACGCGUAAAUGAAGCUAGUUAAGGAAUUCUGGCCCCUAAAAGUAAACUUCAACUAAACAUAGUUAUUUCACACGAGUUGAGCUACCACUCAUUGUUACCCAAAUGAAACCAAAUGUGCUGUUCCCUAGAGAUGCAGCGGCUAGCACCUGUCCGGAGGAAGGAUGACAGUCCCCACAGUCAUCGCGAGGUACGCCCGUUGGUCCCCCUCUUCCCUGCCUUUAUGCUCAGUGUUAACUCACAGAGCGUUGCCGUGAUUUCUACUUUGACUCCUUAGCUGGAUUCUAUCUUUGAACCAGUCUCAACGCUGCCUCUAGGGAAGUUAAAAAGGGAUCUUGUCAUCGGUUACUUUUCUCUACUGUUAGAGCCAGGAGGAAGAAUGGUUCCUCCCUGAUGGCUGCAGGAUCCCUAAGAAUGGCUUCACAUGUUUAGUGAAGCCAGAGCCUGUGGCAGAUGCCUUCCCCCCAGUGUCCCCACCUGCAGGCCUGGCCGAUGUACGCUCCACCAGUCACCAGUCAGCCCCGGAACCGAGGAAGCCAAGACAUGCUUCUCUCUGCUCGCUCUCGCGCGGUGGCCUCCACCCGGAGCUCUACGGGGCGAGUUUUGUGGGCACGGCUUGUGCCAGCCCAGUGCGACGAGGGCUUCUCUUGGGAGGACACAGAACCAGUGGAGUCACUGGGUUCAGCUGUUAGAACAGCCGCUUCUACAAAAGCAGGGGAGGGCACCAACAGGAGGUUUUAGUUUUGUAUUAGUCGUUCACUCUGUGAAACCCUGGAAAUGCCGCAGUUCUCAUAAGGACCCACUCGCUUCCAGCAGGUGACUGGAGUGGCAAGGCUCUCCCGCACCCCCUCUGCUCACCGGACUGUUGCUCUGCCCACUCUGUCCUGUACGCUGUGCUUUCUGUUCCAUUUUGAUUGGAAUGAGUCACCAACUUUAAAGGACAUUUUAGGAGAAACUGUGACAGAUUUUCCUAAGAGCUAACUAAGUACAGAGAAGCCUUUCUAGGCAUCAGAAGGACAUAGGUAUGGUGUGGAAAGGGCAGCGGUCAUACAGCAGGGCUGAGGCCAGGCCAGAAGCUGGGAGUAAGUUUCAGUACAGGGGAAGCAAUGGAGGAAACCUGGGAAGGGACACGAGGCAGCAGAGUAUCUGUCGUCGUCCACUGGUUCGUAGUCCCCCCCACCCAGGCCUGUCUCCACUCCAGGAGUCCCACUUCUAGCAGGAUCCGCCCGGCUCCCCUGGAGGUGCCCCUUUGUCCACCAGAACGCUCACCCUGGCGAGGACUCGGCCCAGAGAGGGGACGCAGAGGAGGAAGA